CGGGCAGCAAGUCCACCCCGACGAUCGAGAACUGCAGUUCCGUCUUAAAGAAAACAAUGUGAAAUGUUAUUCCUGCGUUAACAUUUCCCGUUAUCUACAAUUUAAAAUUCAAAUCACAAUUUUACAAGCCGAGGUGGGCGGCAGAACCCCCGGAUUUGAGUGUAAAAAGCGCUGGUGUCGGUUACGACAUGUCGAGCGAAGAAAGCUACCGGGCCAUCAUCCGCUAUCUUACCGAUGAGAGGGAGCCGUACGCAGCCGGGACUCCCGGGAACACCAAGAGAAAGAUCCGCAAAGCAGCAACCUGCUACGUGGUGCGUAGCGGGACUCUGUUCUACCAGAGGCGGCUGAAGGGGCAGAAGGACUUCACAGAGCUGGAAGUGGUGCUGCAGGACGGCCGGCGGAGGGAGCUCAUCACUGCGGCGCAUGUUGUCUCCGAAGGCGGGGAACACCUGAACCAGCAGCUGACCUGGGACUCUAUCUCCCAGAAGUACUGGUGGAGAGGUAUCCUGAAGCAGGUGAAGGACAUCAUCAGAGAGUGUCCAGAGUGUCUAAGCAGACGCAGUGUGGAUGACAGCGGGGGAACUCGACUUUUCCCGCGUCCGGGGCGACGCAGAACCACCGCCAACGCUAACGAUGAGGAGGAAGAGGAGGAGGAGGAUGAAGAGGGAGAUAAUUUAGUCUUUGCCGACCUGUCUGGUAAACUGAGACACAAAGCUUUGGCCAAGCACGAACUCGUCUUUGUGGACAGCAAGGGGGAGGUGAAUCAGUUCCUGCCCAAACACAGCCAGACGAUGUUGGACAAACUGAACCAGCAGCGACUCAUGAAUCAGUUCUGCGACAUCACGCUGCUCAUCGAGGGAGACGAGUACCGCGCUCACAAAGCCGUCCUCGCCGCCUGCAGCGAGUACUUCAACGAGCUGUUCUUCGAGAAGGGAGCCGCGUCCACGCACGAGGCGGUGGUCGAUCUCUCCGGAUUCACCAAAGCCAGCUUCCUCCCACUGCUGGACUUCGCCUACACCUCCCUGCUCACCUUCAACUUCUGCGUCAUGGCCGACAUCGCCAACCUGGCCCGCCACCUGCUGAUGACGGAGGUGUUGCAGAUCUGCGAGUCCAUCCACAAGAAGGUGGAGGAGCAGAAGCUGACGGUGUACCAGCGGGGAGACGUUCACACCGUGGUGUCCAUGGAGCCGGCCAAUCAGGAAGGCUCCAAGGACGAGGAAUUCGUGGUCACCAUCGAGAGCGAUGGCCGGGCGGUGGUGACACAGAGCGGCGUCCCCGUCACCGGAGAGCCUUUGGCGUUCGUAGCGGCGUCAGAGGGGUUUGUCCCACAGAUGGAGGUACCUGAAGCGGGGGAUGGGGAUCAGAUGGAGGCGGGAGAAACAGAAAGCAUGGCUCUGAUCACAAACAGUGAGGAGCUUGAAGCAGGGGAGACCAUGACGCUGAUUUCCCGCGGUGCAGAGGACGCCGAUGAGGAGACCAUGACGGUGGUGACUCACAGCGGGCAGGCGGGAGCCAGCGAGAGUUUAGCGGUGGUGUCGGCUUGUUUGGCGAUGGAGGAGCCGCAGAGCGCUGAGGCGAAGGUGGGCUUUGUCAUAAACGUGGACCCGGACAAAGUGAGCCCCUCGGAGGUCGUGAAACUCUCCUCUGAGGCGGAGGCGGGGGGGGCGGAGUCUCCUCAGGUGGAGGUAGAAGCAGCGCCGCAGAAACGUAAGCGAGGACGCCCGGCUAAAGUGAAGAAGGAGGAGGUGGCGGUGGAGCCGGAGGUGGAGGAGUUCAUUCCGCUGGAGGAGGAGGAGCCGGAGGCGGAUGAGGAGAGCCACGGAGAAAAACUGGAGUCAGAUGAGCCCAACAGGAGGCGGCUGAGGCAGCGCUCCAUCGCUGAGGGGGGGUACGCUCGUUUACACAUGGGGCUGGAGGAGGAGGAGGAGGGGAAGAAAGCGUCAACACCACCACGACCCACCACCCCCAAGACGGCCCCGAGGCAUGGUAAGAGAGGAAGACCCCCGAAGCAGCCGGUGGAUCCUCAGGAUGAAACACAGGCUGUGUCUGAAGGGGGGGCGGAGCCAGAGAUCAGCGCCAUGAAGAACAAGACGCCCACCAGAGAUCCAAUCGCAGAGGAGGCUGGAGAAAACGAGGCGGAGCCAGAGAGCGGGGGGGUGAAACUGGACGGGAAGCCUCCAGAGAGCGCCGUGGACGGGGAGCACAGCUGCUCCGAGUGCGGCAUGUCCUUCCAGAGACGCUACGCCCUCAUCAUGCACACGCUCAAACACGAGAAGGCGCGCGGAUACAAGUGCAGCCUGUGCAGUAAGGAGUUCCAGUACGCCGCCUCGCUGCGCGCUCACCUCGCCCGACACAAGCAGCAGAGCAGCCAGCGAGCGGCCAUCAUCAAACCCCCCGUCGAGCCGCCCCCCGAGGGCAGGGUGGGGGACAGCGACCUGGAGGACAAAACUCAGUCUCCGAACACCAAGAGGGAGUUUGUGUGCGACAUCUGCGGGAAGACGCUGCCCAAGCUGUACUCGCUGCGGAUCCACAUGCUGAACCACACCGGCGUGCGGCCGCACUCCUGCAAGGUGUGCGGGAAGACGUUCGCCCACAAACACAGCCUGAAGAUGCACCGCGCGCUGCACGACGUCAGCAAGCAGUUCCAGUGCGAGUUCUGCAAGAAGUCCUUCGUCAGCAAGAGGAGCAUGGAGGAGCACACCAGCCUGCACACAGGUGAAUCAAAGUACCUCUGCAACACAUGUGGAGCGACUUUCCACCGCGCGUCAGCGCUGAGCAAACACCUGAAGAAGCACCAGCCCCGACCCGACAUCCGGCCCUUCGCCUGCGCCCACUGUGACAAGAGGUUCUACGAAGCCAAAGACCUGCAGCAGCACAUGAACAAACACAUGGGUCUGAAACCGUUCCAGUGCCAGGUGUGCGGGAAGUGCUACAGCUGGAAGAAGGACUGGUACUCCCACGUCAAGUCGCACAGCGUGGCCGAGCCCUUCAAGUGUAACGUGUGUGGGAAGGAGUUCUUCGAGAAGGCGUUGUUCCGGAGACACGUGAAGAAAGCGACGCACGGGAAGAAGGGGCGAGUGAAGCAGAACCUGGAGAGAGAGUGUGAGCAGUGUGGCAGGAAGUUCACUCAGCUGAGGGAGUACCGGCGCCACAUCAACAACCACCAGGGUGUGAAGCCCUUCGAGUGCCUGACCUGCGGCGUGGCGUGGGCGGACGCUCGCUCUCUGAAGCGCCACGUCCGAACGCACACCGGCGAGCGCCCGUACGUCUGCCCGAUGUGCCAGGAGGCGCACAUCGACGCCCGCACGCUGCGCAAACACAUGGCCAAGUACCACGGGGACAACCUGCCGGGGAAGAUCAUGCUGGAGAAAGACACGCUGCAGUUUCACAACCAGGGCACGCAGGUGGAGCACGCCGUCAGCAUCCUGGCCUCCGAGCUGCCGCCGGAGCUGAGACCCGCCCGGCAACCGCCCGCCGAGCAGAUCGAGACGGUGCUGAUCACCGAGGAGACGGUGGAGGCCGUGGAGGCCGUGCAGGCGGUGACCGACGGCUCGCUGUCCACGCUGUCCGAUCAGGGCAUCAUGCAGGUCGUCAACUACGUCCUCUCUCAGCAGGGGCUCACGGACCCCAAGCUGGAGGAGGAGGAGGAGGCAGGGGAGGUGAUCGAGACCAUGGAGGUGGAGGUGGGUGAUGUGGCGGAGGUGGAGUAACUGGAUGGACUGAAUGACUGCAGCAGAAUGUAAAAAGAUUAAUAUUUUUGUAAAUAUGUUGAGGUAAGGGACUGAGGAGUUACAGGUUCACGAUGUUUGGUACUCAGAGGAAUAAAAGGUAGAGAAGAGACACAGUUUGAUCCGGCUGAAGUUAUUUCAUUUUGUCACGCCUCCAUCUUUUGCUGCUGUCGGAGAAAACCUCUUACAACUUUGUGUGUUCCUGUUCUCUACUCCCCAAGUGGUGACAUAAGGGGAAAGCAAACUGAAAAAUUCCACUCAAACACAAAAAUGUAGGUCUUUUAAAAAAAGGAAGCUCAAGGUGCAGAAAAUGCUUGAUCUUUAACUUAUUCUGUCAUCCCUUAAAUAUCUGAAACAAAACAGUUCUCCUUUCAAGGUAAAUAAGAAUGAAAUAAUCCUGAUCAAAACGUUCAACUGAAAUAAAUCACUAUUUUCUGAUUGCUGUAUAAAGGAAUUGUGUACUUUGUAAUUCUUGCAAUUGCUUUAUUAUAUUAAGACCUUUCAAUUCGAUAAGGCUUAGAGUAAAGUUCUUAGUCAUUAUCUCAAAAGAGGAGCAGAAGUUGAUAUGUUAACAGUUUGAAAUGAGCACAAAGUCAACAUCUAGAUGCUUAGUUUAGACCCCAAUAACCAAAAGUGCGUGUCAGUAACUUAUGAAACCACAAAAGGGAUAUUUCCAGAUGAAAUAAAUUGACACGAAGGAGUUUGGACAUGCGAUACAGCAAGUAUGGAUAUUUAUUUCAGAUUUAUAUCAGAAUACCCUUGGUAUAUUGCAUAAUAUUUACAACACAUUGUACAAAAACAUGAAAAAAAGAUGCAGACGGUCUCUGCUUUUUCUAACAAUGCUGGCUACUGAGACAAAGUAGGGCUGGUGACGGAGAAUUAAUCCAGACUUUGUUCUCGCUGAGUUUUAUUCACAUCAUUGUUCGUUUGAUUCGUUUUUUAAGGGAGACUUUAUAAAAACAAAAUAACUAUACAAAUUUAUAUACAUCUAUCAGGUUUUGGCCAGUUACCAAAUGAAUAAACCUCUACCAAAACUCGGUUCAUAAGUAGAAAAAACAGCGGUUUAAUGCGAACGUUUGCAUUAAGUCAGAAGGACAUCAGUCAUAGUAGAAACACUGGGUCAAGAGCGUUAAGGCCUAUACGUGGCUACACCCGUCUCUUUAACACAUACUUCACAAAAAGCUGAUGCGUUGAUCUCACAAUAGACAUUAAAAAAAGCAAAAUAUAGAAGCAGAAACACGAAAUCGCCCAUCAAUUGACAUAAUACUUCUGACAGGAAACGUUUGAAAUGUUUACAAUCAAUGCUGACUUAAAAUGAAACCCAGUGUCUAACCUGCACAACCAGAAACAGAACAAAUACACUUUGAUGCUGCAGAAAUAUAAGCCCGUAUAAUCCCUCUAAUGCCAGUUUGGUUUCCAGUCAAGCUCUUAAAUGGGAAUGAAAAAAAACACAAAAAAAUAAAGCCUGAAAUCCUCAGCAUUUCUUAAGUGCUCUCAAGAAAUUAGAACAUAAUAAAAUGCACCUUUUGCUCAACGCCGCGUUUGUUUCCUCGCAGCUAACGACAACAAUGCAAAGUAAGUGCAGUGAUUUUUUGUUCCUUUGCUUUUGCACUAAGAGUGGUGCAGGAAUGAGUCUUAAGACACAGAAAUGAGUCAGCAUUUUCAGGUUCCCUCGUCUUUUUGCCUCAAAUAAAGUCUGUGGUAAACACAA